GACCAUGUGUGGCUCACCCACACACUCACCAGAGUGACCGAGGCACGCAAUUUGGCCGUGAGGGACAGGCACCAGCUCUAAGCCAAGCUGGAGAACCUGGAACAGGUCCUAAAGCACAUGCGAGAGGCCGCCGAGCGCCGGCAGCAGCUGCAGGCUGAGCAUGAGCACGCCCUGGCCGUCCUCACCGCCAAGCAGCGGGAAAUCGACCUUCUGCAGAAGUCCAGGGUCCAGGAGCUGGAGGUGAAAUGCCGUCUGCAGAGUGAGCAGUUCAGCCUACUGUCCCGGGAGCUGGAGAAGUGCCGGCUGCACGCCGGGACCCUCGACCUGCUGGCCAGCAGCCCUGUGGCCUCCCUGGACUUCCCCUCGGCCCCCGGCAAGCCCUUCCCACCGUUCAUGAAUGGGAUUGCCACCUCCAUCGGCAAGGGUCAGGAGAGCUCCCUUGGAAGCCACUCUGUGAUCGGUGACUGCAUCCUGCCACUUACACGCCCCAGGGACACGACAGAGCCGCCAUCCCUCAAGCCUGCCUUUCUGUCGAGGUCCAGAGGCCUGAGAUGCAGACCCGAGUCCGACAUGGACAAUGAACAGAACUCCAAUACCUCAAAGCAGAGAUACUCCGGGAAGGUCCACCUGUGUGUCGCCCGCUACAGUUACAACCCCUUCGAUGGGCCAAAUGAGAACCCAGAAGCCGAGCUGCCACUCACAGCAGGGAAGUACCUCUACGUGUACGGAGACAUGGACGAGGACGGGUUUUAUGAAGGUGAGCUCCUGGAUGGACAGAGGGGUCUGGUGCCUUCCAACUUCGUGGACUUUGUCCAGGACAAUGAGUCACGGUUGACAAGCACGUUGGGGAGCGAACAGGAUCAGAACUUCAUCAACCGUUCCGGUGUCGGCCUGGAAGGGGAGAGCAUCCCCGACCCCCUCUCCCCGACUCACACUGACGCCAGCAUCACAGACAACGGUGCGGGGAUGCUGGACGCAAACAUCGACGAGAUCGGGGAAGACCUUGUGCCUUACCCUAGGAAAAUCACCCUCAUCAAACAACUCGCCAAAAGUGUCAUUGUGGGCUGGGAGCCCCCGGCCGUGCCCCCGGGGUGGGGGACCGUGAGCAGCUACAAUGUCCUGGUGGACAAGGAGACACGCGUGACCCUCGCUCUGGGGAGCAGGACCAAGGCACUUAUUGAGAAGCUCAACCUGGCGGCCUGCACCUACCGCAUCUCCGUGCAGAGCGUCACGAGCCGGGGCAGCUCGGACGAGCUGCAGUGCACGCUGCUGGUGGGCCGGGACGUGGUGGUGGCCCCCUCCCGCCUGCGGGUGGACAGCGUCACCCAGACCUCCGCCCAGCUGUCCUGGCUCCCCACCAACAGCAACUACAGCCAUGUCAUCUUCCUCAACGAAGAGGAGCUGGACGUCGUGAAGGCCGCGAGGUACAAGUACCAGCUUUUAAACCUCAGACCCAACAUGGCCUACAAGGUGAAGGUUCUGGCCAAGCCCCACCAGAUGCCGUGGCAGCUGCCUCUGGAGCAGCGGGAAAAGGCGGCGGCCUUCGUGGAGUUCUCCACGCUGCCCGCAGGUCCUCCAGCUCCCCCACAGGAUGUCACUGUGCAGGCUGGGGACUCCCCAGCCACCAUCCAGGUCUCCUGGAGACCACCUGCACUGACGCCCGCUGGGCUGUCCAAUGGCGCCAACGUGACGGGUUACGGCGUGUAUGCGCGAGGGCAGAGGGUAGCCGAAGUCAUCUUCCCCACGGCAGACAGCACGACCGUGGGGCUGGUGCAGCUGCGCAGCCUGGAAGCCAAGGCAGUGAGCGUGCGGACCCUUUCGGCUCAGGGCGAGUCUGUGGAGUCCCCAGCUGCCGCCAUCCCCCCUGACCUCCUGGCACCUCCAGCCCUGCACCCCAGGGCCACGCCCCCACCGAAGCCAUCCCCAAGUGCCGCUGCCCCUGAAACCAAAGACGUCCCACCAGGCCGGGCGCCAGCCACACAUGGGCACCUGCUGGAGCCCCCCAGCCCGCAGGGCCCCGGCCCUGGGCGACGCUCACCCUCGCCCAGCCGCAUCCUCCCACAGCCCCAGGGUGCACCCGUCUCCAGCACCGUCGCCAAGGCCAUGGCCCGCGAGGCUGCGCAGAGGGUGGCCGAGACCAGCAGGUUAGAGAACAGGAGCGUGUUUCCAGGGAGGAGCAGCGCCGGGCAGUACGCCAACUCGGACGAGGAGGACGGCUAUGGCUCCCCAGACACCAGGCGCAGGGGCCCGUCCGUGGAUGACUUCCUCAGAGGCUCUGAGCUCGGGAAGCAGCCCCUUUGUUGCCAUGGAGACGAGUACCACACUGAAAGCAGCCGGGGCUCCGACCUCUCGGACAUCAUGGAGGAGGACGAGGAAGAGCUGUACUCGGAGAUGCAGCUGGAGGAUGGGGGACGGAGGCGGCCCAGCGGGACAUCCCACAACGCCCUCAAGAUUUUAGGAAACCUGGUAUCUGCAGGAAGAGCCGAGAGGGUGGAGCACAUGGGCCACAGGUUUCCUCAAGGUGGUGCUGGUCCUCCGAGGUCCCGGCUGACGGCGGUCCCAUCCAUCGAUGACUAUGGGGGCCGAGACCGGCUGUCCCCCGACUUCUGCGAAGAGUCAGAGACAGACCCCGGUGCUGAUGAGCUCGCAGCCCGGAUCUUUGUGGCCCUGUUUGACUAUGACCCGCUCACCAUGUCCCCCAAUCCAGACGCCGCGGAGGAAGAGCUGCCCUUUAAAGAGGGUCAGGUCAUCAAGGUUUACGGUGAUAAAGAUGCGGAUGGGUUCUACCGCGGGGAGACCUGUGCUCGCCUCGGCCUCAUUCCCUGUAACAUGGUUUCUGAGAUCCAAGCGGAGGAUGAGGAGAUGAUGGGCCAGCUUCUCAGACAGGGCUUCCUUCCUCUCAACACAGCGGUGGAGAAGAUAGAGAGAAACAGAAGGAGUGGCAGGCGGCAUUCGGUACCUACGCGAAGAAUGGUCGCCCUGUAUGAUUACGACCCACGGGAAAGCUCGCCUAAUGUUGACGUUGAGGCUGAGCUCACCUUCUGUACGGGAGAUAUCAUUACUGUUUUUGGUGAAAUUGAUGAAGAUGGAUUUUAUUAUGGGGAGCUGAAUGGGCACAAAGGCCUUGUCCCUUCAAACUUCCUGGAAGAAGUGCCUGAUGACGUGGAAGUCUAUCUCUCUGACGCACCAUCCCACUGCUCUCAAGACACGCCGACGCGCUCAAAGGCAAAACGGAAGAAGAGUGUUCAUUUCACACCUUAA